GCAUGAGUGACUUUGCUCACUCCAAUGUAGACAUCCAUCGCUUAAUACCCUGAUGAACAUAUAUAUCUCAAGCUGUUCAGUGAAGGUCUCUUGACUGCUAGCUAUAUCAACAUGUCACCAGGUCUGAGCGAGACAGGCACCUCGAAUGGUUCAUCCAUGAACGGAAUCAACAAGACCGGUAUCAAGAGAGCCAGACCACAAUUGAGCUGCAUGCCUUGUCGGCAGGGAAAGCUAAAAUGUAACCGCCUUCAACCAUUCUGCGACCAGUGCCUGAAGAGGUCUAAGGAAGAUUCUUGCGUCUAUCCGCCACCCCCACAAAAGAUAAAGCAGGCGCAAAAUAUGAAGGGACGAAUAAGACAUCUCGAAAACCUAGUCGUAGAUCUCAUGAAUGCGAAACAAGCUGAAGACGGUAUUGAAUCUGGGAACGGCAACGUUUCCUCCUCUUCACAUGGGACUCGUGGAAGCCCCGGUGAUAGCUCUGGUUCGGAGGAGUAUCAUCGCUCGACACUUUCUGCUUUUGGCAAAUUGAAGGUCAGCGCAGAGAAAACAAGUUACGUCUCGGGCUCUCACUGGUCUGCCAUCCUGGACGAAAUCAAGGAAGUGAGAACCUUUUUCGAGGAUGAAGAAGACGUGCCUGAGGACAUGCCUUAUGAUGCUGAUCCUCGAACAAACGGUGGAGGUCAAAUAUCGUUCGGUACCGCCAAGAUAUACACAAAGGAGCAGCUUAUCGACAUGAUCCCGCCAAAAGACGAAGCCGACCGUUUGGUUGCUCUCUGGUUCAAUUCUUCAGACCCGUUCUUAUACGCUCUUCACGCUCCGACGUUUCAGAAGGAAUAUUUGCAAUUCUGGGUGUCUCCUGAGAGAGCACCUGUUAUGUGGCUAGGCCUUUUGUUCUCUAUUAUGAGCGUCUCUGUCUUGCUGAUACAUCGCGGGGAAAUCUGGGAACGGAAGGCUGAAAGUCUUGCAAAUCACAGAGCAGCCUUCUUUCAGGAAGCAGCAUCAUCUGCUAUGAAUCUAGCAGAUAUUGCACGAGGGCACCCGUACACCUUAGAAUGUCUCGCAUUAUAUGGAGAAUCGCAAUUCCUUCGCAGUGAUGAGGCCCAUCUACAGAUGUGGCUGAUGGCAGGUGUACUAGUUCGCAUAGCCCUCAAGAUGGGCUACCACCGAGAUGCAAGUCAUUACAACAUCAGCCCAUUCCGAGCUGAAAUGCGUCGACGGGUAUGGCUAGUCAUAUAUCAGAUGGAUGUCUUGGUGUCGUUUGCUGUCGGUUUGCCCAGCAUGGUGCGCUCAGUCUUCAGUGACACCAAGUUACCGACCAAUCUCUACGAUUCAGACUUAACGAUUGAUAUGACAGAAUUGCCGCCAGCGAGGCCUCGUGCUGAAUUGACCCCUGGAUCCUAUGGAAUCGCGAAAUGUAGGCUCUGUCAGGUCUUUGCGGCGGCCUUCGAUGCAUCGCAUUACAUCGAAACGCCAGCGUGGUCCAAAACUAUGGAAAUGGACCGAGAAGUGGACGCUGCAAUCGACGAUCUCCCACCACCCCUCCAAGUGAAAGCCUUGAAUGAAAGUCUGAGCAUUGCGCCCGGAGUUUUGAUGUGUCGGUACAAUCUACGUCUACUCUACCUAAAGACAAAGAUCGUCUUACAUCGCAGGUUCUUGACCGAGUCCAAUGAUGAAACCGGCUCACAAGCUGCCAUAUCCCGGAAAGUGUGCCUAGAUUCUGCCAUGGAGAUACUAAGACAUCAACGAACUCUUUGGGCAGCUUGUCAGAAAGGAGGGCAGCUUUACGAUGUAAGAUGGUAUCUUUCAUCACUAACGACAUAUGACUUCCUACUCGCAGCUAUGAUCAUAUCUCUAGAACUGAAUCGUUGGUGCAACACAUCACUUGAGAUGGAGCGAUCCGUAGAAGCGCAGGCUCAGGAGAGGAAUGGUAUAUGUCAAGAGCUCGUGCAAGCACUAGAGCUACUAAAUGUUAUGCUCAGAUCUCCAGGCUAUCGCUCUAGAAAUGCAAGGCGAGCAUCUAACUUCCUACGAGUCAUGCUUGCUCGUGUAAAACGUUCGGGUCUAGCGCCUCUGGUCGAAUUACCCCCGUCUAUACACAGCGCAGAGGCAACUGUUUAUCCCACAACCCCCGAUCUUCUAGCUGACGUCACUAUACCAGCCACUGAAGUCGAUGAUGACGAUAGAAAUGCAUACUCCUCAAUUACUGGUGUGUUGGAUGCAGGAGAUAACAUUGACUGGAUGGCUUGGGACCGCCAAAUGAAUCAAGAUACUGCGGCGCCCACUGAUCCAUCAUGGCUUUCUAGUCUGGAUAUGGAUGAUCUACUGAGCUAUGAAUACAACGAGGAAGGAAGCAGUACAUGGAUACCGUGGAGUGGAACAUCGUGAUCGCGGCACCGUGAUCGCCGACAGUCAUCAUUAUGCUUUGAAGGACAUGGUCUCUGUCUCGCACCAUCCAUAUAAUUUGCUGCCCAGGCCA